AUGGGGGAGGGGAGUGAGAGGAAGGGGAGGCUGAGGCGGGCCUUGAGGAGCCGCUUCGCGAGGUCCCCGCGGCGGAGGGGGCGGCCGGCGGUGGAGGGGAAUGAGAGGAAGGGGAGGCCAAGGCAGACCUUGAGGAGCUGCUUCGCGAGGUCCCCGCGGCGGAGAGGGCGGCCGGCGGGGGAAGGGGAGGCCGAGGCGGACCUUGAGGAGCUGCUUCGUGAGCCGUUCGAGCGGUUCCUGGCCGACUGCCACGCCGACGUCAAUGCCGUGGUCUCCUACGGCUUCUACUACUGGUCCGUGGACGUCGCGGCUGCGUACGGCGUCCCACGUCCCAUGUUCCUUGGUAUGAGUAUGUUCGCCCUGUCCUGCUCCCAGUCCGCGUUGUCGCAGGAGCAUAGUCGCAACCCACACGACGACGACGAUCCCGAUGAUGUGGUGUCGCUGUCGGGUCUACUGCACCGCGUGGAGAUGAGGCGAAGCCAGAUGAUGAAGGAGCCGCACUUCCUGGCCUUCUUCAGGAGCAUCUACGUCACAGGACGGAGGAGCUACGGCGAGCUGUUCAACAGCUUCGAGGAGCUAGAGCAGGACAACGUCGAGCACUACCGCAUGACGCUCCGCCGCCGCGCGUGGCUCGUCAGGCCGGUCGCUAUUAGCAGCAAGGACGUGGUGUCAAGAGGUGCAGACGUGCUCUCCCCGGUGGAGGCCGGCUGCCUCCGCUGGGUCGACGCCAAGCCGGCCGGCUCGGUGGCGUACGUCGCAUUUGGCACCCAGACUAGCUUCUCGCCGGAGCAGCUACGGGAGCUCGCCCGCGGCCUCGACCUCUCAGGCAAGAACUUUGUGUGGGCCGUCUCCGGCGCCGACGCGGCAUCAUCAGACCUAUGGAUGCCGGAAGGCUUCCCGACAGCUUUGCGUGGGCACAUCAUCUGUGGCUGUGCGCCGCAGGUGCUCAUCCUAAACCACCCAGCCGUGGGCUGCUUUGUGACGCACUGUGGGUGGAACUCGAUACUGGAGGCCGUGAGCGCCGGCGUGCCGAUGGUGACUUGGCCACGAUACACUGACCAGUUCUACAACGAGAAGCUCGUCGUGGAGGUGCUUGAGCUGGGCGUCAGCGUGGGUGCCAAGGACUAUGUGUCAUCUACGGAGCCGGAGGCCCACCAGGUGAUCGGAGGCGGCGUAAUUGCCGAGUCUGUCAGGAGAUUGAUGGAGGUUCGGGGUGAGGCAAUACGGAAGAAGGCUCAAGAUCUCGGUGUGAAGGCAAGAAAUGCGGCGGAGAAGGGUGGAUCGUCAUACGGUGACAUUGGACGACUGGUGAACGAGCUCAUGGUCCGCCGGAGUGCACAACGUGAUUGA